AUGGCGUGGAUUGAUUGCAAGAAGGCAUUCGCCUCAUUACCCCAUAGCUGGAUUAAUGCGUGUUUGGAAAACUUUGGAAUCAGCAAAAAUAUCUGUACAUUUUUGAAAGCAAAUAUGCAAAAAUUGAAAACAGCCCUAACAGUAAGUGGGGAGAACAUUGGUGAAAUUAACAUCAGACGACGAAUUUUCCAAGGGGACUCACUUUCACCACUACUGUUCAACAUCGCAUUAAUUCCAUUGACAAUAAUCUUACGAAACACAAAACUGGGAUACUACAUCUCAGGCCAGCAUGGCAAGAUAAACCAUCUGCUGUACAUUGAUGACUUAAAACUGUAUGCGAAAAGCCACACUGAACUUGAAUUAAUACUCAACGCAGUCCAACUAUUUAGCAGCGACAUCAGAAUGAACUUUGGACUUGGAAAAUGUGCUGUACUAUCCAUGCAACGAGGAAAAAUGGCAAAAAUAGAAGGAAUAGAACUGGGAAAUGGAAGUAUUGUGAAAGCACUAGCAAAGGAUGAUGGUUACAAAUAUCUAGGCAUAUUGGAAGCAGAUAACAUCUUGAAUGGAAAAGUCAAAGAGUCAACUUGUUUCUUGCAAGGAUAUUGCCACUCUUCAGAGAGGGAGAAGCCCGAAAUGAGGAAAUUUGCCAUUCCUCCAUCCACAGUUAUAGCCUCCACUUUACUUGCUAACCAUUUUCAGAAAUUACUAUUAACUGCUUCAAAGCUAUAUGCCUUCAAAGUGACACCAGUCUGUUUUGGUUCUGAUAUAUCUGCAGAUUCAGCUGAUGACUAUGAUGUUGAAUACGGCACCGACUAUAUAGAGCCAGCAGGGAGUGAAAUCAGAUUUAGUUUCUUUGACUCUGAUUGGAUAUAUGAAUUCUUCACUCAUGAUGUAAAUCCCUGCCAGACAAACCCAUGUCAGAAUAAUGGAAUCUGUAAAAGGAACAGAAACAGCUAUAUCUGUACCUGCCCUGAACCAUACACAGGAUCAAAGUGUGACCGUGUGAAAAAUACAUGCCAAAGAAUCAGCUGCAAUCAAGGAGAAUGUCUGAUUAUGUUAAGAGCACCUUAUUAUCAAUGCAGUUGUAGAUACCCUUAUAAACCACCAUUAUGUAAUAAAGCAUCCUCAGCUUGUCGACCAAAUCCUUGUAAAAAUGGAGGCACCUGUCAAAGGCAUCGUUUAAGAUUCAGAUUCAGCUGCAACUGCCCUGAAGGUUUCAGAGGAAAAUUUUGUGAACUAGGAACUGAAGACUGCUUUGAAGAAAAUGGCCAUGCAUACAGAGGAAAUGUUAGUCAAACAAUCCUCCAAAAAAGAUGCCUUCACUGGAAUUCUCAUUUUCUUUUGGACAGUAGUUACAAUGCAUUUAUGGAACAUGCUGACUAUUAUGGCCUUGGUGAUCAUAACUUCUGCAGGAAUCCAGAUGGUGAUGACAAACCCUGGUGCUUUGUCACUGUGAAUAACAAAUUGAAGUGGGAUUUCUGUGAUGUCCCCCCAUGUUUGUCAACAGCAAAGUUCUCUAGGAAUAUAGCAACCUCCUCCAAGAAUCCUGCAAUAGAUAAUACAUCCAGAACAUGUGGGAAACCAGAAAUAAUAAGACCAUUCAAGAGAAUCUAUGGAGGUGUCAAGUCAACUCCUGGCAAGCAUCCAUGGCAAGCUUCUCUUCAGAGGAAGAUUUCAGCGCGUGUGGCAAAGGAACAUUAUUGUGGAGGAGUAUUGAUUGAGCCAUGCUGGGUUCUUACUGCAGCACACUGUAUCACAACAGAAGCACACAACCUCCAGGUGUCCCUUGGAGAACAGAAUCUCAAUAGGAAAGAGGCUCAUGAACAGAAGUUUGAUGUAGACAAGAUCAUUAAACAUGGACACUAUACAGAACAAGAUGGCAUCCCAUACAAUGAUAUUGCUUUGCUGAAAUUAAAGCCAAUUGAUGGGCACUGUGCUGUGGAAACAAGUUAUGUUAAAUCAGUGUGCUUACCUGAUUUUACGUUCCCUGAUAACACAGAAUGUUACAUAUCAGGCUGGGGAGAAACAGAAACAAGUGAAUCAUCUCAUCAACUAUUAGAUGCCAAAGUAAAACUGAUUUCCCAAAGGCAGUGUAAUGCACCAAAUGCGUAUAAUAGCAGAGUGGCAGAAAGCAUGUUUUGUGCUGGAAGUCUUCAGAGAACAAGAGCAGAUACUUGUCAGGGCGAUUCAGGAGGUCCUUUAACAUGUGUUACCAAUGGAACUUACUAUAUUUAUGGAAUUGUGAGCUGGGGAGAUCAGUGUGGAUUAAAAAAUAAACCAGGAGUUUAUACACGGGUGACAAGAUUUCUCAACUGGAUUAGAACAAAAAUUAAACACGAGUCUAAUUUUCACAACUAA